AUGAUUGACUCAAGCGUGGCCGAGCAUAUCCUCCUCCAUUGCGACAGAACUAGAUCUAAAGAAGCAAGAUAUUCGUUGGACCGUUUCCUAUGGGAGCCUCUGAAAUGGCAGCAUAUGCACUUGUCCCCAGAGUGUCUUCUCGCUCCACAAAAUGAUAUUCUGCGAGCACAGGAAGCACAAAAACUAUUGAUGCCGGACGGGCUCUGGAAAUGCUCACUUUGUGGCAAAAUAUUUCGUUCAGAGCAUUAUCACGACAAGCAUCUUGCACGAAAACAUUCUAACAUGCGGUACGAUACCGGAACAAGCUGCCUCGCGGAUUUUUGUGGGACACUUGUUCCGUGCGCCCCUUUAACGCCACAUGCUUUGCCGUCUGUAUCGACCAUCCUACUUUUGAGGCAGGAUAAGGGAUUGUCCCCUUCGGAUGAAACCCAGGGUAAGGAACACUGCAGCAACCAGAGGAUACGGCGGAACAGAGUUCAUGCUUGCGAAGAAGCGAUUCGAAGUUGCCUACCAGAUCAUGUGUCCUUCCACACGGGGUUUUCGUCUCAUGGCAAACUCAGUGGCUUUCGAGAAGAUCUCUGUGAGCGUGCGGUGGAGAUUGACUGCGUGCCGAGAGAAGAGGUGUGGUCACACUUUGGAUCUCUCGAACGUGCUUUGCAGCGGAGGCACAGGUAUCAAUUUGCGAAGUACGUGGGAUUGAUGGCUGCCCUGUUGGUGAUAUUUGCUGUGGUGUUUUGGAGACGUCCUAACCACCAGCGACUGUCUGAUCGUCGCCGAAAAUCGAGGUAG